AUGUCAGAUCUUGAUUCAUCCUUCAUACCAGCAUUGUACACCCCGCCAUCACUACUACCCAUCGCCAGGCACAGAAGCAGUCUACUCUAUACCAUUGAAACGCACCAAGUCACGGUGCUAGUGGGCCAAACAGGCAGUGGGAAGACAACUCAACUACCUCAGUAUCUGGAAAAGGCAGGAUGGUGCUCCAAGGGACAAUGCAUAGCAGUCACGCAGCCCAGAAGAGUCGCCGUCACCACCGUGGCCGCACGUGUCGCCGAAGAGAUGAGAUGUCAGUUGGGUGAACAGGUGGGCUACUCGAUCCGCUUCGAAGAUGUCACCUCCGCCAAAACCAGAAUCAAAUUUCUCACCGACGGCAUGCUAUUGCGAGAAGCUUUGGUUGAUCCGUUGUUCACGAGAUACUCCGUUAUCAUGAUCGACGAAGCUCAUGAGAGGUCACUCAGCUCCGACAUUCUGCUUGGUCUACUGAAAAAAGUGAAGAAGCGACGACCGGAACUGAGGAUCGUCGUCAGCAGUGCCACUCUUGAAGCAGAGCGAUUUGCAGAGUUCUUUACCGACCACGAUGCUCCUGAGGGUGAGCAACAGUGUCGGAUAGUCAGCAUCGAAGGUCGGACAUAUCCCGUGGAUAUCCUUUAUCUUGAUCAACCGACAGAUGACUAUCUGGAGAAAGCCAUACAGACAGCCUUUACAAUCCAUCAACAGGAGGCGCCUGGCGAUAUUCUCGUGUUUUUGACGGGCAGAGAAGAAAUCGAAAGAGCUGUGCAAACGCUCGUGGACCUGGCAUCAACUCUACCUCCACAGGCACAGGCUCUUCAGCCUCUCCCGCUCUAUGCUGGUCUCAGUACAGAAGAGCAAAUGUACGUCUUCUCCGAGGCGGCGGAGAACACCCGGAAAGUCAUCCUGGCGACGAAUAUCGCAGAAGCAUCCGUCACCAUCUCGGGUAUCGUAUACGUGGUUGAUUGUGGUUUUGUAAAACUGCGUGCGUUCAACCCGAACACAAACAUUGAGACAUUGACCCCGUUUCCCACAUCGAAAGCAUCUGCAACCCAGCGAGCCGGCCGCGCAGGACGUACCCGACCAGGAAAAUGCUUCCGCCUCUAUACCCAGCAAUCUUAUUCAUCGCUCCCGGCAACGACUACUCCAGAGAUUCAACGGUCAAACCUGGCCCCCGUGGUCCUCCAGCUGAAAGCACUUGGCAUCGACAACGUUGUGCGUUUUGACUUUCUCUCACCACCGCCCUCGCAACUGCUUAUCCGCGCAUUUGAUCUGCUCUACUCCCUGGGGGCCGUAGACGACUAUGCAAAGCUCACUUCGCCAUUAGGAACACGCAUGGCCGAGCUGAGCGCCAUUCCGCCCAUGAUGGCCAAAUGCCUGCUCGCUUCCUCGUCUCCACAAUUUGACUGUCAGAACGAGAUGCUCACCCUCGCAGCGAUGACCUCAUUACAAGGAAAUGUCUGGUUUCAUCACAGUGGAGAGAAAAAGGCAAUGGACCUGUCGCGGCGAAAAUUCGCUGCCGAAGAAGGCGAUCAACUCACGCUGCUGAAUGUAUAUCAGGCAUUUGUGACUAAGGGAAAGAGGGAGGCGAGGUGGUGCCACGAGCAUCAUCUGAAUUUCAAGUCGAUGGAAAGAGCAGUGAGCAUUAGGAACCAGCUGAGGCGAUACCUUGAGCGGCUCGGCGUCAAAGUGGAGGACUCAAAGUCCGCAGCCACAUCCGUUAGUGCUCAGCCAAAGGACAAGGCCGCCAAUAUCUUGAAGUGUCUGGUGACGGGCUUCUUCUCACAGGCAGCCAAAAUGCAGCCGGAUGGGACAUUCAGAUCCGUUUCUGGAAACGUCACCAUGCACGCGCACCCAACCUCCCUCCUGUUCAACCGCAAAGCAGAGUACGUGGUGUUCCACGAGUUGUUGGAGACCCGGGAGAAAGUAUAUAUCAAGGACAUCUCAAAGGUAGAGAAGGCCUGGCUGGUAGAGUUUGGGGGAGGCUAUUACAACCUCAAGAUUUGA